AUGGCUUCGGGGUUUGCUCAGCACUACGUGGAAUGUACAACAUGCGAUAGCAAUGCUGAAUACUACUGCAACACUUGUCAGUUUGACUUGUGUCAGGCCUGCAAAGAGACCCAUCAGCGAAAGAAGAAAACGGAAAACCAUGAGGUCGUUCUGUAUAGAGAAAGAGAAGAUAAAGUACAAGAAAGGUGCAGCACGCAUAGUGACAAAAUAUACAACGCUUGCUGCAAAGAAUGCGAACUACCCGUAUGUAUAAAAUGUAUAACAGAAAGCCAUUCGUGUCACGCCAUUGUGGAAAUUGAAGACAUUUUCAAUCAGAAGCUUGAAGUGUUUAACAAACAAAUACAAGACUUGAAAGAAAAAAUAAUUCCACAAUGUGAGGAUGUUCAAAAGAAUAUAAGCAAAGAAAUUGAAAACUGCAGGAAAACACUCUCACAAAUUCGAUCAGAUUUAUUAACUACCGCUCAAUCCAUUAAAGACCUAGUGGACUUCAUACUUAAAGAGAAAACGGAAAAAGUAAGUAAACUUGAAGAAAGUCUUAUGAAGGAAUUGCAAUCUCGUGAAAAAGAGAUGAAGACAUACACCAACGGUCUGAAUUCCAUCAUCGAAGAUUUCGAAGAUCUAAGGAGAACAGACAAAAAGGCCGAGUUUAUCAUUAAACACAAAGAAAAAUUACAAAUAAUCCCCUUACAGUCGCUUGGUACCAUGUUUUAUACUCCGCCUCCAUCAUUCACGCCGUGUCCUGUAUCCAAGGAGCAGAUAGAGAAAUUGUCUGGGGAUAUUGUUGAAGAGUCACAAAAACCUAUACCCGGUACAUCAGAUCUGCAUCACCUUGUUCAUAAAGCGAGUUUUUUCCCAGUUUUGAAAUAG